UUUUCUCAUCACAUUCUGCCAUAGUUGGUGGGAAAAAGAUCAGAAGGUGCAGCUCAUGCAAACAGGAAAAACAAUACCCAUUAACCAUCUUGUUGUGAUUGGGUUAUUGCACCAUUAUAGCUUGAAAGUAAAAUUUAGAGUAAUGUUGAGAAUGUUGCAACUACGAGAGGGUUUAAAUGCGCAAGUCAGAUGUUUUGUUUACUCUGCCUUCAUCCUCACUUUGUCAGCUGUUCUGUCAGCUUACAUAGCAGCAGUUAGUCUACACCAUCUUAUUGUGCUGAAAGAAGAAAUCUCAUCCUUGAGACAGGAAUUGGCAACAUACAAGUUUCAACUAGAUCACUUGGAAACGUUAACGGUAACCAAGGGCCUGUCAAGCAACUGGAGCACGUCAAUAAAUCAGGUUAAUGAGCUCCAUGAGAAAAGACUGCAUCAAAGGGAGAAAUGGCAAGAAGAAAAAAUAAAACUUAGAGGAAGAAGAUCACUUCCUGAGCAAGAGAAGCAGUCCUUUGUGCAAUUCAUUGCUGUACGUGACCAAAGACCACUUCUAAAAGUGAACGAUUGUCUGAAGUAUAUGCAUGAAAGGCCACAGUCAACCUGUCGAGUGGAGCGAAGAUCUGUUUCCAAUGAAAACAGUAAACAGGAGACAACCAUCCCGUGGAUUCUAAGUUUGAAAAAUGGAAAUGCUCUUGUGAAAAAGGACAACCACAUCUUGGUCAAAGAGGCUGGCUACUUUCUGGUGUACAGUCAGGUGUGGUAUAAGGAUAAUUCAUUUACAAUGGGACAUUUUAUCCAGAGGAGAAAGGCCAAUAGUGUUGGCAGUGAGCCACGAGCUGUGAUCCUAUUUCGGUGUAUCCAAAACAUGUCUGCCUGUUGCCCAAAUGAUUCUUGCUUUACAGCUGGCAUUGCAAAACUUGAAGUGGGGGAUGAACUCGAACUAAUAAUACCACGAAUUCAAGCACAAAUUGCAUUAAAGGGAGAUGGGACAUUUUUUGGAGCAAUAAAACUGCUUUAACCAUUGAUUUAAGACUGCAGAAGCAAAUGGUAUCUAUUGUUUGCAAAAAAAGAGAGAACUAAGAAUAGAGACCUGUCAGUAUCAGCUUCCUUCCUGACUUGUGGUCAACAUAUGGUAAAAUAUUUCUGUUUCAGAAUAUCAAAGUGGCUCUGUACAAAAAAGUAAUCAAAAGGAGCACCUCCAGUUAGAAUCAGUAAAAUUGUUUCCAUAAUUUCUUUUGCCGUGUUUGAUGCCUUAUGAUGUUAAUUAUGCGAAGCCUCCAUUACUGCUUCACUAUUAAAAUAGUUCCACAUAAUAAAGAAAACGAUGACGACAACUAGGGUAAAAUAAAAUUUUUUUGUCCAUAAUAGAACAAUAUUACUUUUAAUUAUGGUGGUCAUCAGUGAUCUUCAGUAUUAGUCAAUGGAUCUUUAAAAAGGACCAGCUCCACUUAUGUUCACAAAGUGAACAACGAUGCACAAACUCUUCAAUACAGAGGUUUGAAAAUGUGAAUCAAAACCAAGAGAACUGGAGAUGCUGUAAAUCAGAAACGGAAACAGAAAUUGCUGGAAAAGCUUAGCAGGUCUGGCAGCAUCAGUGGAGAUAAAUCAGAGUUAACGUUUCAGGUUGAGUGACCCUUCUUCAAAAUCUGCUUUUGUUUUUACUUGAAAAUGCAUUUGAGUUGUGACACAGAGCUGUGGCAUGUCAGAACAAACAAGUAUUGACUGGGACAGAAAUUAAAUUCAGCCCAUACAGUGAUUGGAAUGAGGGCCAAGUGGAUCUUAUUGACCAUGAGAUCUUUGAUUGGCAUUGUUGACCUGGGCCAGUCAGGGAGACCUGGCUGACAGAUAGAAACAGGAGAUUCAAGGAGUCUCCUCAUUGUCUGGAGUGGCUCUGGGCUGGCUGGACAGAGACCAUGGACUGUGCAUGUGUAAACAGAGG